CUCAGGCUGCACUCCUCUCUCUCUCUCUCUCGCUCUCUUUUUCUCUCUCUCUCUCGGUCUCAGAUUGGCGCCAGCGUAGAAGGACCUCCAUCCUGUCUUCGGUUCCUUCUCAGGCGCCGCACAAACACAAGGAAGAGUCUAAACAAGUGCAUCGAAAAGCAGACGGACGCCGGGCGGAAGAGGACAUCGAGAGGAAUACGAGCGGCUUUUUCGCCCUCGCUCGCCGUCUUUUUCUCUACCAUCCCCUCCCUCCUUCAUUCGUUACCUGUACUCCGGGAUUAACGCGCGACUUAAAUUUCAAUCAGCUCGCAGCCCGAGCGAGGAGCGACAGAGGCGGCAGACAGAGCGCCGCAGCUGUCGAGAUCGAGGCGGCCGGAGAGAGAGAGAAGAGGAAGAGGAGGGGGGGGGGAGAAGAAGGGGGCAGCGGGUGGGAGAGAGUGAUGGGUGUUGUUCCGCCGCAGAGUUGAGGGAGUGCGAGCGUGUCGCCAAGAUGGAGAUGUGACGGCUUCGGCAGUCGCAGGUGGAAUGAUUGGGAAAACAAGAGAGACACCAGCGCAGCCUGCAGAGAGACGUUAAGGGGGUUCCAGGACUAUUGAUCGCCUCUGACAGAGACGGGCUGCCAAGGAGCCAGGGAGGAUUUACCGCCGCCGUUGCCAUAAGGGCGGAGAGGAUGAUGGACGGGCCGGCGUUCUGAAGACGGGGGCGGGCGUGUAGCCAGGUGCCACCACAACAGGAGACACUUCUUUCUCUCUCUCUCUCCUCUCGCAGGUUUCUCCCCAUCACGCCCACUUCUCCAAGGUCACCGUCGAGUCGCGAGCCGACAAAUGCGGCAGAGGCGACGAAAAGUGCCAAGGAGAACACAGCCUGGAAGUCGUUCCAGGAACUGAGCGGUGUGAGAAAGAGGAAGUCCUCGCGCGAGUGGACGGGGCCGGGGAGCGUGAUGAAUAAAUGACCGCGGCCACGGCCGGGAUACGUGAGGAUGCAGCGAGGGGAGAAGUGACGGGGGCCGCGCAGGCCGGGAAGAGAGCUAAACAUCUCGUCCUCCUGGAUCCCACUCCUGGCAGAACCGAAGCCUUUACAAAAUACGACACGUUCCUCAAGGAAGUCGUAUCGAGAAGGUCUUUAAGAGGAUUUAAAGCCAAGUGGAUUUUUGGAUUUUUCCACCCCCCCCCCCCCUUCUUCUUCGUCUUCGUCUUCUUCAAACUGAGACAGACUGACGUCUGAACCCCACCGCUCGUCUGGUACGAUGUGAUGAACACACACGCGUACAAACAGACACACACAAAACAACAACAACCUGGACAACAUGUGGAGCUGAUUCCAGUUGUUAAGCACAGACAUAAAAGGUUUCUAGGUAACCGUUACUAUGGGGACGGGCUGUGUUCAGCCUUGUGGGAUGGUGUUUCAAGGCAGUACCGGCUGAAAAGUCUGUGGAUAGCCUGGCUUUCUACCAUGCCUGCCCCCCCAACCCUAAACCCCAGCAGACAGAAGCACCUGCCUCACACGCAUCCCCGCCCUGAUCGACAGGCAGAAAAUUCCAUCUUCCCUCCAUCCAUCCUCUCGCUUCACACCGCACGUCUCGUCUCAUCCCCGCCCUCGACAUCCCACGUCAUCCCCUGCGCCGGUUUGGGAGCCUCGAAAAGAACACUCGCAAGCGGCGUCCCGUUCCCGGCUUUUCACUGGCUGACCCUGGUCACAUGCUGCCUGCUGCCCUCCCUGAUUGGAGCGGGGGAGACUUGGGGCGUCGUGUCAGCCUGCCCUUUCCACUGCGUGUGUCGGAACCUCUCCGAAUCGCUCAGCACGCUGUGCGCCGACAAGGGUCUCCUGUUUGUUCCCCCGCACGUCGACCGGCGUACUGUCGAGCUGCGGCUGGCUGACAACUUCAUCACAGAAGUGGGAGGAACCGACUUUGUCAACAUGAGCGGAUUGGUCGAUUUGACUCUGUCCAGAAACACAAUUCACCUGAUUCGACCGAUGGCCUUUGCUGAUCUGGAGAGUCUGCGCUCCUUGCAUCUCGAUGGUAAUCGUUUAACAAUAGUUGGCCCCAGGGACCUGGCAGGGUUGGUCAAUCUCCAACAUCUGAUUGUCAAUAACAAUCAGUUGGUCAAAGUGUCAGUGCAGGCUUUUGACGACUUCUUACUCACAUUAGAGGAUCUCGACAUGUCCUACAACAACCUCCGAAAGGUACCGUGGGAGUCCAUUCAGAAUAUGGCCAGUCUCCACACUAUGAACCUGGACCACAACCUCAUAGACCACAUCGCGGAGGGAGUCUUUGGAGAGUUGUAUAAGCUCGCCAGGCUGGAUAUGACCUCCAACCGUCUCAGGACCCUACCGCCCGACUCGCUCUUUGCAAGGUCCCAGACUGGUGCAAUAAGCCCCACCCCUUACAACGCUGUCAUUAGUCUGAAUUUUGGGGGAAAUCCGCUGCACUGCAACUGUGAACUGCUGUGGCUACGACGGCUUAUCCGCAGUGACGAUAUGGAGACCUGCGCCACACCAAUCCACCUGGCCGGAAGGUAUUUCUGGUCGAUUCCUGAGGAGGAGUUUACUUGUGAGCCCCCUCUUAUCACCCGCCACACUCACAAGCUGUGGGUGCUGGAAGGCCAGAGGGCCACCCUCAAGUGCCGCGCCAUCGGAGACCCGGAGCCCGUGGUGCACUGGGUGUCACCAGACGAUCGCAUCAUUGCAAACUCAUCCCGGACCAGCUCCUUCAAUAAUGGAACUUUGGAUAUCGUAGUGACGGUGGCCCGGGAUGACGGGCCGUACACGUGCAUCGCAAUAAACGCCGCGGGAGAAGCGACUGCCACUGUAGACCUGAAAAUAAUACCUCUCCCUCACCGGGGUGGAGCAGGUGGAAACACAGGGAAUAACAACGUGAACAACAGGAACGUAACGAAUGGGAUUUUACGAACUGAUCCGGGAUCCUCGGAUAUCAGCACUGGGAAAACAGGCGGAAUAAACAACGGCGUGGCACGCGGAGGCGACGCGGAGGACGGGAAAAAAGGUGGCGCCGAAGAUGAAGGUGACAGCGGCAGGGCGAACGAAGAGGAGAGGGCUGAGGGCGGGGGCGAGGAGGAGGACGAGGAGGACGAAGAAGCCAGGAGGACGGUUGGAGUACAAGGAAUAACGUCCACCUCGGCUCAGGUCCGGUGGGAUUUGGGACGUUUGCCUGGAGCUCACGUUGUGUGGAUGUAUCAGAUACAAUACAACUGCACGGCCGAUGAAACCCUCAUCUACAGGAUCCUGCCAUCCACCAGUGACCGCUUCCUGUUGAAGAACUUGGUCUCCGGAGUGGAUUACAACUUGUGCGUGCUGGCCAUUUUCGAUGACUCCGUCACAGCGCUGGCGGCGACAAAGGUCCUCGGCUGCACCACCUUCUCCACCAAGGACGUCUACCCCGCCUGCAGUUCUCUCCAGGCUCAUUUCCUGGGAGGAACGCUGACCAUCUUAGUGGGCGGCGUGGUGGUGGUCACCCUCCUCAUGUUCACCGUCGCGUUGAUGGUUCGCCAUCGAGUGUGCGAACAUUCCGACCGCAUCCUGUGUCACAACAGCGGCGAAGAGGCAGGAGUCGGGCUUUGCGGUCAGGGCGGUGGCGUGGUGGCCCGGGAUAAAGGAGGAGACUGCAGUGGGUGCUAUCAGUCCAACGGUUCUGGUGACACGAUGAUGGUGGUCCUGCCUAACGGGCUGCCUUCCAAGAGAACAGGAGAGCGCGGAAAGGACAAGGAGCCCGCAGAGUCCGAUUCUUCUCUGCCGCCAAAACUCCCCCCCAAGCCGAGGUUCAAGCCGAAGGUCAACCUGGAGCACUUUCUUUCGGCCGGGGGCGUGGUCUCCACCAUGGCGGGGGCAGGAGGGGAGAUGGCCUUGGUGGUGCGGCAGAGGAAGCUGGAGAAAGCACCGCCGUACACUGCGGAAAGUGACAGGACUCUGCUCGACUACUCCCCCUGCGUCUCAUCCACCCUGCCUCGCCAGUCACGCUUUAGGGAAAGCCCGAAACCUCGUCUGGAGCGAGAGUUGACCAACCGUGCCAGCUUCUCCCUGGCAGCACCCCUGCGAGACUCUGAUAUGCUGGCCUGGAGGAUUACUUCCCCCGGAAGGGACAAAUGGAACUCCUCUCAGGCUUAUCAGAGCCCCAUAUCCCCUCUCAACGCCGCCUGCGGGACAGUCAGCAAGCGGCGCCACUCGCUGGACAUGGGCUCCUCUGUCGCCCUAGCGACCGACGCGGCCGCAACCGUGGCCAAACGCUACGGCGCCAUCAGCUAUGCCAAGCGGCUGAGCGUGAUCUGGACCAGGCGCAGCCAGUCGCUCCACGGAAUGCUGGUGCAGUGCGCCUCCGCCACGAGCACCGGCUCUUCCACCGCCAGCGACGAGGGCGAAGGCGCCGGGCCGUUUGGGGGGCGAUGCGAGUUUCAACGUGGAUACAUCCACGCUUACAGCACCACCGACUCCAACCCUAACACCGGGACCGCGAUUGCGAGAGAGAGCGCUGGAAGAGACAGGGGGAGGGAGAAAGGGAAGGAUGGAAAAAGCGCUGAAGAGCUGGAGGAAAGUGUUGUGUAGAAUGUUGACAGAAGCUAUAGAGACUGCAAAAGAUUGUAUCCUAAAAUGACAAAAAUUGAUUUCAAUGAACAAAAACAGAUAGAGCCUUGAGAGUAAAUAGCUUUGGGGUGUUUAUGGCCUUGAAAUUAACAUUCACACAAAUGUUCUCAGUUGACAAAAGUUAACAGUGGAAGAGGGGAAGCGAGAACGAAGACACGGAGAACGGUUCGAGAUCCGCGUGGAUCCAAGAAAAGCCUCAACACCGAUAGAACCUGCCUCAUCCCACAGGUUUGCACUGGAUCAAGUGCCAUCACAGCACUGGAUCAACACUACAGCGGGCGUGGGAUGCGGGGGAAAAAAAGAAAAAAAGAUUUGAUGUGGCCAGACUUUGUCAAAUUGCAAAACAAAGAAUGUGACUUCCGUGCGUCCUCUGUGGCUGAACUUUGGCCAGCCACGCCUUUGGAUUAUAGGAGCAUAAAUACCGAGCUGUGUGCACUGGCCGUGACCAAUCGAUGCGUGCCGGCGCGAGCACGGACAUUAUUAAAUCACAGCGGGCUUACGAUGCAGUCGAUACGGAUUACAAAAUGGUGGCGGCGUACGAUUGAACUUUUCCUGGCGACGCCAAGAUGCUCUGCUGCUUCCGGUGUGAACGUAUCGGAAGGAUCGCGGACCGGAUGCGUGUCGAUGUGCCUGUGUGUUUGUGUGCACAUAUGUGAGGAGUUUUCCAGUCCAGCGCCGCUGUUCCUGUUACGUGUGGUUUUGCUUUUGUUUUUGUUUUUUUUGCAACAAGCAGGAUUGUGUAAUCGAAACGCUCCAACAGUGCACUGAAUUCAUCACUAUUUUUUGCAGCUGGGACUGAAAGUGACAAUGUCCAAUGUGAACAUAUAUUUUUGUUUGUUUGUUUUGUUUUUGUUACUUCAUUUGUGCCACGCGACAUCUCCAUCUAAAUGGGGAAUGUUUUCAGAGUGAAAGUGUUACGAGAUGGACACGAUAGAAGAUAAUGGGAGCCACAAACCUCAUGACUUUGUUUGGACUUGAAACGAUUGAAGUGGGACAAGAAAAGAAAAAAACAUCUAACUCCAAUCAGUGAAAAAUUCAAGAGUACAUAUAUAUAUAUAUAUAUAUAUAUAUAUAUAUAUAUAUAUAUAUAUGGUAUAUAAAUAUACUGUGUAUAUAUACACAUUGGUAUAAUUGUAUUUGUUGCACUGUGUUUCUCUUCUUUGGAAUUUUCUGGCAAUGAUGCUUGGCAAAAACAAAACAAAAAAAAAGAAAAUGUGACAUCUUUCAUUUGGGACCAGAACAAGUUUGGUGACAAGUGCAUUAAAUAAAGAUCAAAAGUGAAGCACAAAAAGCGUAAAACACAAAGACAGAGAUUCCGAUGAAAAGAAACUAUUACAUAAAUGAUAACUUUUAAACAUUGCAGUUGUUCCCUUGCUUUUUUUUUUUUUUUUCCCCCCCAUUUUGCCAAAGUCGGUAUUGUUCUCUUAACAUGAUAUGAAUAAAAAUUACAUGUAUGAAACAU